CAGCAGCCACAAAUCUUCCAUCCUUGUUAUUCAGGAAGCCGAGCAUCCAGUCGAGUUCAGCACGAGCAAACUGCUUUAUUCCUUGAGGUAUCAAGGCUCCGACCAACCAUCUUAUCCUCUUCUUGUUGGAUUGGCACUACUCAGUUGACAAUGAGGGCAGUGAUGCUACAAAACAAUCUGAGGCACUAUAAUCCUACAUUUUCCUGCUGCCGGAAACCUUCCUAUCAAUUUAGACAGAAGCCUCUCAAGGGUUAUGACAUUACUGUGAAUAGAAGAGUAGGAGCAUUAGCAGCAUUAAGUCUGACAAUUGAAGAGGCAGAGAGUGGAAUCAUAGGACAUGCACAAGCUUUACUACAAGUGAAACACCUGAUAGAGUCAGAGUCAUGGGGACAGCUACAAACAGCUGUGCGGAAGGGCUCGCCAUUGUUGAAGCAGGACAUUUAUACCAUUAUUCAACAGAAACCUGGAAAUGAGAGGCCCCUAUUGAGGAAACUUUAUUCCAAUCUCUUCAACUAUGUUACGAGACUUGAUUAUGCAGCAAGGGACAGAGAUGCAUCACGUAUUAGGGAAUGCUAUGAGAACAUGGUGCUGGUUCUUAAUGAAGUUAUAUCUAGACUAUAGGUAUCAAGCAAUUGUUUUAUUCCUUUGUUUUUCCCCUUUACUGUGAGUUUUUUCCCCUUUACUGCGAUAUUUAGGCAUCAAAAGAUGGCAUGUAUGUUAUAUAGCAUGUUGCAGGGUCGUCCAAUGGCCCUUCUGUUA